AUGGGUUCAAGCUCAGGCGCGACUGUCAUUACGGAGAUUACGGCCAUAUACCUAACUUCCCUGCUGUCCGCCGCCGUCAGCCUGGAUACUCCAUGGGACCUGUGGAAUAAUCCAAAAGUUCCAUCCCUAGCAUCAUUAGAUGGCGAUCUUACCGAGACAUCCUCCUGGUUGAAUAUCCGCCAAGAAUCCCAACCUAGCUAUAUUAGCUUGAUCGGCAUGCCCUUGUCGAACUUGGCCAGCAACGCCCAAUCGCAAUUAACGUUCGAUUCCCUUGUAACUAAUAUGGAUUGUAGCUCAAAUGAGCGGACUACUUAUUCGAAGUUCAACUCUUCUCUGACUGAGCCACUCUACAGAAGUGUCGAUUAUUGGCCGAGCGAUUUCCAGAGCCUCGCGACUCACCCUGGUACCCAAACCUCUUUUCUGUUCAUAACCAACUCGUCCUGGCACGACUUCCAAGAAGAUCCCUCCCGCGCCAUACGGCGUUACUUCGGAUCUAAGACCACGGGUGAGAAUGGUGGGGACAUGUCGGACGAUGACAGUUGGUGGAUUAGCCUUCUGACCUGCGACCUCAGCGGCGUGUCGCUCGAGACCGAGGUUGCAUGUAACGGGACAAGCUGUGCCGCUACUCGAGUACGUAAAUCGUUGUCAUCGCAGUUGCAUACAACAGCAUGGGAUGCUCUGAGGUAUGCAUUGACAGAAGGAGCGUGGUGUGGGAUGGGUCUUUCACGUCAUCCUGCUGAACCCUCGCUGCCCGACCGCUUUCUGCACGAUCCUCUGUCAAUGUGGAUGUCGUCGAGCGCCAAUCGCAACUUGGGGCAGCUUUGGAAGCCACCCCUUGCGGAAGUUGAAUCGAGGAUGACGCUUGCCUUCAACAGUUUCUACUAUGCCUUGACAACAUCCGCGUUUACCAUGGGCACUGGAAUGUCAUCUGACAAUCUGACGCAGGCCGGUGUCUCGGUGCCGGUCACCACGACCACAGCCUCCAUCACAUCAGACGGACCAGAGAUCUAUGUAUGCAACCGAGUCUGGCUCGUUGUGAUAUUAGUGGUAUCGGCCAUCCUAGAAGUGAUGGCCGACAUCAGCCUGAUCUUGCGAUGCAGGACUCGUGUCCCUGAUAUAUUUGGGUACGUGAGCUCUUUGACAAGGGACAACCCAUAUUGUUCAAGACAGGGAUUCCAAGAAAGCUCUGCACAGGAUGGCUUGCUCCGUGCGAAAAGGCUGGGCCAUGUUGAAUUUGGACUGGUGGAUGUGAAGCCGGGCAGCAAUGUUGGCCACAUAGCAUUUAUACCAAUGCUGCCCAGUUCCGCUCAGGAGGGUGACCCGGGUGACCAUCAUUUAACAGUGGAUCGAGUCCAUCGUGCCAGGUCAUAUGAAUAG